AUCAUAACCGUUUGUUUUUUUUAACAAUUUUAUCCUCUCUUUUUCCACGAAACAAUUAUGAAAAAAAAAAAAAAAACUAUACAUAGCAUUAUCCUUCACCCAAUUCAACUAUAAAUAGGAAGAGGUUGCCAUUGCUCUCCUGAGAAGCAGAAAUGAUGAGAAGGCUAUUGCCUAUACUCGCAGUGGUGUUGGUUUUCGUGGCUGUGGUGGGUGGUUCAACCCACACAACGGAAGUAAGCCGGAAAAGCUUUCCGAAAGGGUUUGUGUUCGGAACGGCCACAUCGGCUUAUCAGGUGGAAGGCAUGGCUCUUAAAGAUGGAAGAGGACCAAGCAUUUGGGAUCAGUUCAUCAAGACUCCUGGACUUGAACCAAAUAAUGCUACUGGAGAAGUCACGGUGGAUCAGUAUCAUCGAUACAAGGAAGAUAUUAAUCUGAUGGCAAACCUCAACUUCGAUGCGUAUCGCUUCUCCAUUUCAUGGUCUCGAAUAUUUCCAAAGGGAACAGGAAAGGUGAACCCGAAAGGAGUUGCUUACUAUAACCGUUUAAUUGACUACAUGCUUGAGAAAGGUAUUACCCCAUAUGCCAAUCUCAAUCACUAUGACCUUCCACUGGUCCUUGAAGAAAAGUAUCUGGGAUGGUUGGGCCAUCAAGUUGUGAAAGAUUUCGCUGAUUACGCAGACUUCUGUUUCAAGACAUUCGGGGACAGGGUGAAGAAUUGGAUGACGUUUAAUGAGCCUAGAGUGGUGGCUGCCCUUGGAUACGACAAUGGGUUUUUCGCUCCAGGACGGUGCUCCAAGGCAUACGGAAAUUGCACAGCUGGGAAUUCUGCAACGGAACCAUACAUUGUCGCCCACAAUUUGAUCUUAAGUCAUGCCGCUGCUGUUCAAAGAUACCGACAAAAGUAUCAAGAAACACAGAAUGGACGUAUCGGGAUCUUGUUGGACUUUGUUUGGUAUGAACCUCUCACACGAUCAAAAGCCGACAAUGAUGCUGCUCAAAGAGCAAGAGACUUUCAUCUUGGAUGGUUCUUGCAUCCUCUUGUAUAUGGUGAAUAUCCCAAGACAAUGCAAAACAUUGUGAAGGAUCGUCUACCCAAAUUCACGAACCAAGAGGUGAAAAUGGUGAAGGGAUCUUUCGAUUAUGUUGGGAUAAACCAAUAUACUACUUAUUACAUGUAUGAUCCACAUCAAAAGCCACCAAAACACCUGGGCUACCAGAUGGACUGGAAUGCAGGAUUUGCUUUUGCGCGUAAAGGCGUACCAAUUGGUCCACGGGCAUAUUCAUACUGGCUGUACAAUGUACCAUGGGGUCUACACAAAGCCCUCACUUAUGUUAAACAACAUUAUGGGAACCCGACUGUUAUUCUGGCUGAAAACGGCAUGGAUGAUCCAGGUAAUAUAACCCUUGCUAAUGGUUUAGUUGAUCACACAAGGAUCAAUUACUACAAGGGUUAUUUGGCUGCAUUGAAACAAACAGUUGAUGAAGGAGCAAAUGUGAUAGGCUACUUUGCAUGGUCACUGCUCGACAAUUUUGAGUGGAGAUUAGGGUACACUUCAAGAUUUGGCAUCGUUUACGUUGAUUUCAAGACUCUCAAGAGAUACCCCAAGAUGUCUGCCUAUUGGUUCAAGAAAAUACUAGGCCCAAAUAAGCAUUAGUCUUAUCUAAGUUUAGUUAACGCAUCAGCAACGAUGAAAUAAAUUGGCAACAAUAUAUAAGUUGUACUAAAUGGCUGCAAAUUCGAAAGUUUCGCUCAAUAUAAGUACUUAUCUACGCACUUUGUUUGUAACAUGACAUAAGGCAAAGGGAUUUCGGGUUUAAAGCCA